UAUCCAUUUUUCCAAGACAAAGUAGCCGUUUGUGCCCAUAUGGAUCGCUUUAAUUUGGUUGUUACAUGUUUUUUGCUAUUCAUUCUUGAAGGAGUUUUGGGAGCUACUUUCACAUUUGUGAACAAAUGUAGCUACACGGUCUGGCCAGGAAUUCUUGGCCAACCCGUUCUCGAUACAACUGGAUUUGAGCUUACAAAUGGAAAAACACGUUCCAUGCAAGCUCCAUCGGGCUGGUCAGGUCGAUUCUGGGGUAGAACCGGUUGCAAUUUUGACCAGUCUGGUCACGGAUCUUGCACCACAGCAGAUUGUGGUUCAGGUGAAAUCCAAUGCAACGGGGCUGGAGCAGCCCCUCCAGCCACGUUAGCAGAAUUCACCCUUGGAUCAGGUCCAACCACGCAGGAUUUCUACGAUGUCAGCCUUGUAGAUGGAUAUAAUCUACAAAUGAUCGUAGAAGCGAGUGGGGGGUCAGGUGAUUGUGGGACGACCGGGUGCGUGGACGACUUGAACAAGAGGUGUCCGAACGAGCUGAGCAUGGCUGGCGGUGGCGGGUGUAGAAGCGCGUGUGACGCGUUUGGAAAGGCGGAAUAUUGUUGUAAAGGUGACUUUGGUUCCCCACAAUCAUGUCAGCCCACGGCAUACUCGCAGGUUUUUAAGACGGCGUGUCCUAGGUCGUAUAGCUACGCGUACGAUGAUGCUACGAGCACCUUCACGUGUACGGCUGCCAAUUAUAUCAUCACUUUUUGUCCCUCAUUCCAAGGUAAAAAUCCUGGAAAGGUGGUGACAAAACCAACAAACGGAAGCAGGGGAUCGGGUCCGUUGGACGGGUUAUUAUCCAAUAGUUCACUUUAUGCGGAUCUUGCUAUAGGCAAUAAUGCAGCUGCUGUUAACCUCCCUUCUUCAAGACUUGCACUUAUUUCCUUCAUUGUUCUUUUUACUUCGGUUACAUUAAUAUGGCUUCCUAGCUAAUUUAGGAUUUGGUCAAACUUAAAACAGUCUACUCAAACAUAUCUAUCUCAUAUUUUAUUUAUUGAUAUAUAUAAGUAGAAAACUAUAACAACAUUCGAAUUUUGAUUUGUUUCUCAAGUAUGUUGUCAAGUUUGAUGUGCUAAUCAAAUUGACUUGUAUGGCUUUCUGCUUUUCUAUGAUGUGUAAAAUAUCAUUGCUAUCAAAAGGUAAUUAUUUAAUGUAUUCUAUUUGAUUCAAGGAUUAUUAGACAAAAUUUAAUCUCAGUGUAUGUUUUGGA